UCGAUCACUUCUAUAAAUACCAUCUUGUUUCACAAAUCAAGUUCAUAAACAAAUCUCUUCAACAUUUGAAAAAAAAAAUGGCACCAACAUUUUCAAACCCUAUCAAAAUCAUAUUCUUCUCAAUGUUACUUUUGAUAACCAUCAACCUCGCUAACAGUCAACCAAAUCGAUCAACCUUAGUGUUCUACAUGCAAGAUGUCGGAAAAGGACCUAAGGCAACUGUUUCGCCAGUUAUCGGUAUCAAGGAUAAAGUUUGGUCUUACAAUACAUUUGGAACAAUAUUUGUAGUUGAUGAUCCAGUUAGGUUAAGUCCUAGUCCAACUUCAACUCAAAUUGGAAGCGCUCAAGGUGUAAUUACAGUAACUUCUCAAGAUGGUGCAAAUGUAAACAUAGUUUUGUCAAUUGUGUUUAACAAUGCUCAAUACAGUGGAAGCACUUUAGAAAUUCAAGGUACCAGUCGUCAACAUGAGAAUUUAAGAGAGCUCAGUGUUGUGGGCGGAACAGGGAGAUUUCGAUUUGCAAGAGGAUUCAUUGUGUUUGAAACUAUAUCUUUUGAUGGCUCAAAUAAUCAAUCGGUUAUUCGAUUGACUAUAACUUUGGAAACACCUUAAGAGAAUUAUAUAUGUAAUAUGGUUAAUGCUUGUUGAUAUAUUCAUAUGGAUGUAUGAUGUCAUACAAGCUUUACUUAUGUACCCAUAAA